UUCAGACCUAAUGAGUGAAACUCCAGAUGUGCAAGUUGAAAAGAGUUCCUCCGACAAUCUCGCGCUGGAAGAGGAGUCGGAUGAAGAAAUUGAUACUUUUGUUACGAAAUGUGGCGGUAUUGAAUCAGCCUCGAUAACUAUAUCGCUUUCCGAAAGUAGCAGCUUCGAUACCAAAGAAGAAGCUGAGAGCCAGGUGACCGCAAGAGCAAAUGGUAAUGAAUUGAAUGUGUUAGAAGAGCAGGCGUCACAAGUAUCAGAAAAAGAGAGUUAUACGAGCUGUGAGAUAAUGAAAUGCAGUUAUGAAUCCAAACUCGAAGAACUUAAUAACUCAUUGGUGCUUCUUAAUGCCAAAAUUGUACAGAAAGAAGAGGAGCUGGCGCUGUGGAAGAAGAAAUUCGAAGAUAAAUGCAUCGAAUCUAAAAUUGCGUCCCAGAAAAUUCAGGGUGACCUCACGGCUCGUCUUGAGAAAGCCUUACGGAUGUUGGAAGCAGUAAAAAAUGAAAAAGAAGCAGCAGUUAUGAAGUACGUAGUCGUUGAGCAAGAAAUUGCUACAAAAGAGAAAGCCGCAGAAAUGAGCGAGAAGCGCCGUCAAUAUUGUGAAAAGGAAGCAGCGCAAGCAAUGGAAAAAGCAAAACAGAUGCAGAGCGAAAGAACCAAAUUUAGACAGCUUGUUGAAGAUAAAGAGAACGAAUUAAUUUAUGCCCGUAAAGAGAAUGACAAAUUGAAAUGCGAUAACGCCACAUUAAUUCAAAAACUGAAAGGUCUGGAAAAUCGUCUUCAAAAAGAAGUAGAUUCACACGCAGAGACACAGUCAAAGGUAGCAAUUCUGAAUCAGAAACUGAAAGAAAUGAAAGAAGAGUUUGACGUCAUCAAGAAGCAUAGCCAGGACUUAGUGAAGGCUUAUAAAAGUUUGGAGAUAGACAAAAAUGAUACCGACGAUAGUAUCAAAAGCUGUGCCAGCAGUGAAAGUGACAUUUCUUCCAUGGACGAAAACACACCGAGCAUACACCGAAGUAAUCAGUCACUGAAAGAUGACACAAUCUCAAGCAAACUAGUGAAUCUUGGCCAGCUGAAGGACUUUGAAUUCCUCAAGCGUAUGCAACAGUGUUCCAUGGUGGAGAUUACGUCUUUGAGGGAUCAGUUGUCCCAGACUAAGAAGGACUCCUCUGCUCUGCAGAUGUGCUUGCGAGAAAAAACAGAAGAGUUGAUGGUGAAGGAUGCGGAGUUGAGUAGUCUGAAGAGUAGAGUGGACGCGUAUGCAGUGUUGGAGGGGGAGGCGGAGAGUGAGAGGAGGCGGAGGGAAGAGGUCGAACAGAAGAGGACCAGGGAACAGGCACUUGUGAAUGAGUGCGAGGAGAGAAUCAACCAGUACCAGAGUAGAGAAAGAGCGAAUCUGGAAUACACUUCAAAGCUCACCAACAAAAUCACAGAACUUCAAUUGGAAGUUCAAGAAAAGUUGAAACAGUCCGAAAGUAUGCAGCAAGAAAUUGAUCAUCUCAAAAAGCAAAUCUCUGAAGCCAAAUUAUCAACUGCUGCUGAAUGUGGCGAGAAAAUUUUCGACGAAAAGCGAAAAAGAGAAGAAGAAGGUGAAAAGAUGGCCAAACUUGUUGAUGAAAAAGAAACGAAAAUAAAGCAACUUCUUGUUGAUUUCGAAGAAAAAGAGAAUAAAUGGAAUAUCGAAAAACGUAAAUUUGAGGCUCUAUUGAGAGAUUCAAACAGGCAGCUCCAGAGUAUGAAAAAGUUGAAGGAAUCAGUCGAAUCAGAAUUAACAGUGGUCAACGAUAUUUUGAAACGAAGUUCAGAAAAUAGUUCGCCCAGACAUAGUAAAAGAAAUAGUAGAGUUGAAGACGAUGGAAGACGGAGUACGACAAGUGAGUUGAUCAUAGGGGACAACUGUGAUAGUAGUAUGUGGGAAUCCAGUUGCAAUACAACGGGCAUGACGAGGCCUGUGAAUGGAGCUAGGAAAAGUAACACAGGGUCCCCGAGGAAACAAAUGUCAGGUCCUCAAGGUCACCAGCAGGGGGGUUCGUUUGCGGCGGCGGCAGCGGACGAGUCUUCUUCUCUCAUGUGUGCCAGUGUGCAGAUCACGCAGCCUUUCAAAGGCGGAGUAGUACAGAGCAAUGUGGGGGAGAUGAAUAUGUGGACUGACAAAUAUCCUGGUCUAGACAAAAACAGUGUAGUGGAAAAACUGAUCAAAACUCAAAAACAGCAGAAGAAACUGAUCGAAAAGUCAGAAGUGAUGGAGGAUCAAGUGUUCCAUCUAACCGAAGAGCUCAAAAAGAAGAACAGAAUCAUCCAAUAUUACGUUUUAAGGGAAGAAACAGGAACGUUAGGUACCGCAUCAGGGAAAGAUACGCUUAUGUUCAACAAAAUAUAUGCUAAGAAAAUGUCGAAUGGUGGCAAAGAUGAACGAAAACGUAAGGGAGGGGGGAAAUCGGCGGCGCUGUCUGCCUUGUUUCACCCUCUGAAUGGUGCCACCCUUCAACCCUCAAUGGGGCUGGAGGGUGGUAAUGGGAGUGGGGCGGCGUCGAAUGGAGCUCAAGGCGAUCCGAUCAACUUGCAUUUUUACAAAGAGUUAAAUACUAGAUUGCAAUCAGUGCUGGAAGAUACGAUAUUGAAGAAUAUGAAGCUGCAGGAGAACUUGGACAAAAUGAGUUGCGAUGUUCAAGCCUUGAGAGGAGACUCAACAACCACACUAGUUGACCACUCAAUACAACUACCACCACACAUUGAAAACAACAGCACAGUAGUUUUCCAGCAUCACGCUCAUUUAUCAUCCGUCUCAACAUCUCCGCAGCGGUUGUUUCCAUCAACAAAUGCUACUUCAGCUGCCGCCAACCAAAUUACGUCAUCCAAUUUAGAUGACGUAGCACUUUUGCAUUCGCGUGGAGAAGGGAGUUCAUGUGACGUUAUUUCACACGGAAAUUUUAUCACGUCUAAACGAAUAACAACAUCAGAUGACCUAUUGCGCAAUUGAUUGUGUAAUACCUUACAUCGUCAUUUAUUUUGUAAAAGGAGCUAUAUUGUAAUAUAUAAAUAGAGGUUCGCGCCACUGAGCAAUGUGUGUAUAUAUUUUGCGUCAGAAUGAAGGGAUGAAAAAAUCUGGUAUAGUUAAUGAAAGCGUAUAAUUCAGUUGAGUUGGUAAUAUGUAUCAGCACGAGAAUCGAGAGGCGCUUUAAAAAAGAAAGAUAAAAGAAGAAUAAAAGCUGCAAUGUUGGAUUUACCUUACUUUUCUGUUAAAUUUCACUUAUGUUUUUUUUGGUGCUGGCUUAGCUAUUCAUUUGAAUUGAAAUUUGUAUAUUUGGGAAAUAUUUAUUAAAUAGAUUACAAAAAUUAUAAAUUGGAAAUUCUAUUUCAAUUAGUGUGCAAUUACUUCGUAAUUCUGUCUUCGUUGAAUUAAAACAAAAGUAACAUUUAUUUUUUGGUCAACUUUUGAUUAGUUACUAAAAGUUUCAUUCCUUGUGUUGUUUUUUUUCAUCGCUUAUUCAAAAUCUUCCUUAUUUUGUUGGAAGUUUCAAGUUGUGGUUUUAAACAGGUUGUUUAAACCAAUGAAUGUUAAUGAAGGAAUCUUAUUACACAAAAAUUUUUCCAACAUAACUCGCAUGAAUCAAAUCUCAACGAAUGUGGGCUCAAUCUCAGUAUCUGUGUACUGCAGUACUUGAGCAGGGGAGCAACAGCGGUUCCCUGCGAAAAGCUGAACAGCUCAUUUGUUGGUCCUUUCCCUUGUUGAUAAAUUGUCUAAAUCUUUUUAUUUUUCAUGCCUAUUCACUUACCUUUUUUCCCCUGCAUUUUAAAGCUCUUUUGCCAUUUUUGCCUGUUUGCGAACUACAGCUUUUCAUUGAACGGAAUAUUCACAAAUUUAGUUUUUUGUUAUUUUAGUUAAGUUGAACCUGAUUCGGGACACGAAUUUUUGUUAGAUGUAAAUUUAUUCAAUCAUUUUUUGACAAAGUGAUUUCCGCCUCGUUUUAUAUUAGCCAGCUUGCUCUGUUUCGCCUCUGUUUCAACUAUCGUGUAUUAUUACCCUUGCUAUAAGCUUAGUUUUUGCAACCGGGUGCUAGAUUUGUUUUUUCCCUCAAACAACUUUGUUCACAGCAUGACUGUUAUUGGCGAUGACCAUCUGUACUUUGUCAACGAACAGACAAUGUUGAGCAUGAUGCGACAAGCAAGGUUAUUACAAUCGGGUAGUAGACUUUUUUCCCCGUAUAAAACUUCGUCCACAGGAUGACUGAAAUUUGGUUAUCUCAAGAUAGACGUCCAAAAGAUGUAAUUCUAAAGCUCGCUUGAGCGACUAAAGUGAUAAUUGUGUUACAGCUGAAAAAUGUUUUACAAAUUCUUUUUACAGCUUUUCAUGAUCAUGGGGAUAAAUAUAGUUCAUGGCUUUCUCUUUUUUUAGGUGCCAAAA